AUGAAGAAAGGGAGGGACUUUCUCAAAACCCUCCAUAGAACCCUCGUCACUCUCCAACAGAAAUCCUCCAUUGCCAAGAUGGAUCCAUCUGAUAGAUACUGUUACAACCCCAAAUUGCUUUGGAACCCUCAAGUGGAGGAAUACUUUGUUAAAGCCUACGGAGCCGAUCAUUUUGCUCGGAUUUCCAGUGCCCUGACGCGACCCUCUUGCUACUCUUGUGUACGGGUGAAUACCCUCAGAACAACGAGCGAUGCCAUAAUUGAGAAGCUAUCCUCUGUGCUGGAGGAAAGAGGGUGGCGCUGUGAUUUUUCGAGGGGUACUUAUAGUUCAGAGGAUAUUGUGAAGGUUCCGGAGAAAGCUUCUGUUCCCGAAGAUCCUGAUGGAAAAAAAUGUCACAUUUCGAAGUGUGAGAUACCAGGCUUGGACUAUGUUGUUUUUGUAAGAGGAUCUGGUCCCCACCAUAUUGAUUACGGAUACAAGGAAGACAAGCCUCCCAAGGAGGUGAUUGUGAGCAGGAAAUGUGCUGAAGCUGUUCUUCGUGGUGCUCAUGUGUAUGUGCCUGGUGUUUUAGCCUGUAGUGCUCACGUGGAGAAAGGGGAAUCAGUUGCAGUUUCAGUGGCAGUGGAGCAACCUUGCGGUGACGGAAGGUGGGGAGUCGGUUUUACACGUGGGACAGUGCUACAGGGAUCACAAAUAGAUCCUCAGUAUUUCGAACGCAAUGGGCUCUACAUCGGUCGAGGAAAUACUAUGAUGUCGAGAUCUGGGAUGUUUCGGGCAUCCGAAGGGGUUGCACUAGACAUGUAUAACAGAGUAUUUAACCUUCCUUCGUUUUAUGAUUUACUUGAGGGGGAAAUAUUUCUUCAAAACCUACCCAGCAUCAUAACUGCGCAUGCUCUAGAUCCUCAAGAGGGGGAGAGGUUAUUCGAUAUGUGUGCAGCUCCUGGGGGAAAAACCACUGCUAUUGCUAUUCUCAUGAAGGACAAAGGAGAUAUUGUUGCAGCUGACCGGUCUCAUAAUAAGGUGCUUGACAUCCAAAAUCGGGCAGCUGAGAUGGGCUUGAAGUGUAUAACCACUUACAAGCUUGAUUCACUGAAAUCAGUUGAAAAGAUAAUUGAUCCUGAUAAUCAAGCUUCUCAACAAUGUGAUAAAGUAGCAAGCGUCGAGCAAUUAAGAAUUGAAAGUUGCACCAGUAAAGCUGAGCUCCGGAAUAACAUUAGGAAAAUGAGAAAUGGGCCUGGACGAAAUAACUCUUUGGGUGGACGAGUUGAAAAGUGUAAAGGGUUUUCACCUAACAGCUUUGAUCGGGUUCUCCUUGAUGCUCCUUGUUCUGCUCUUGGUCUGAGACCUCGAUUGUUUGCUGGAGAGGACACUGUGGAAUCAUUACGAACACAUGCAAAGUAUCAGAAGCGUAUGUUUGACCAGGCUGUGCAGCUCGUUCGCCCUGGUGGUGUUAUUGUGUAUUCAACAUGUACAAUUAAUCCAGGUGAGAAUGAAGCAUUAGUCAGAUAUGCACUGGACACAUACAAGUUUCUCUCGUUGGCACCACAGCACCCGAAAGUUGGGGGACCCGGUCUUGUUGGUGGCUGUCAGUUUGCAGAUGGAUAUCAGGAGGAAUGGUUGCGGCCAGGGGAAGAAGAUCUCGUACAGAGAUUUGAUCCUUCUUCAGAACUUGAUACCAUUGGCUUUUUCAUUGCCAAGUUUAAUGUUGGUCCCAAAGGUACCUGA